AUGAGUAUGGAGACGCUGCUAAAAUCUCAGGGCCAGUGGAAGCUGCCUGGAUUCCAAAGAACUAUGGUGACGAUCUGUACCUACAAUGCACGUACACUUGUAUCCGAAUCCUCGAUAGAAGACUUGCUCAUGCAAGCAAGAAGGAUAAGGUACGACGUCAUCGGCCUGGUUGAGACGAGGAGACACCAGCCUUUCAACGCCGUCUUUGACACCGGAGAAGAACUGCUCCUCGGAACAUGCGACAGUAGAGGAGUCCGCGGCUUCGGCGUUUUCGUCAACACGAGUUUGUCCAUGAACAUCGAUUCAUUCGAACGACUUACAACCCGAAUCGGACGUUUACGAUUAAGAAAACCUGAAUCAAUUCCGGGUUUGACAAUCUUCGUCGCUUACGCGCUGGCAUCAAACUAUGACGAAGAAGUCGAAGCGUACUAUAUGGACUUGGAGAAGUUCAACAGAGAAGACCAUACAUUCUUCAAGGUCAUCCUUUUAGAUUUCAACGCCAAGAUUCGACCAAGAAGUGCGUCUGAAGAACGUCACAUUGGGUCCCACGGAUUAGAAUGGAACGAACAGAGUGAGCGGCUUUCUGAGUCUAUCAUGGCGACCAAGACCAUCCAUGGUAACUCGCAAUUCCAGAAUAAAUUCUAA